AUGGACCAAACCGACAGGCAGCUUCGCUUCGACGUGCUCAACUUUUGGCUCGACAACUGCCGCCCUCCCACAACGCAGGACCUGUCGGCCAAGAGCAGGCGCGACGAGUCGGACGUGCGCCGCGGGCUGAAGUGCCUCGAGGAGCUGCAUCAUCUCAAGCUCUACGGCGAUGAGGUGCCCUCGCCGACGCCCAUCGCCAUGGCGCAUCCCUUUUCGCAUCUGCCGACCCCUUACCUCGUGAGAGCAGGCGAGCGCUCGUGGUGGGCCAACUGCGCCUGGUGCGCCUUUGGCCUCGCCUCCAUGCUGUACCCGGACUGCCGCGAUGACGACGACGCCGCCGCUGUCGAGGUGCACGCCCUGACGGCGUCGUCGGGCUCGCGCGUUAUCCGCGUCGAUCAAGAUGGUAGGCUCCGGGGUGCUGACAGCGACGGCGACGGUGACGGUGACGGCGGCAGCGGGAGGACAGACCUGCAGUCGUACCACGUCGUCUUCUCAGCGCCGCCGUCGCGCUGGUGGGCCGACGUGCGCUUCGCGUGCAGCACGAUCCAGCUGUGCGCGACGCGCGGCGAGGCGGAGGCGUGGCACCGACGGCAUGGGUUCCACGCGGGUGACGUGAUGAGCCUGGCCACGCUGUGGGAGCUUGCCAAGGCGUGGUAUCACGAUAAGCACAAGUACCAGUAUGAGCGCAAGACGGAGGAGCAGAAAGAAGCGCUGUUUAAGGAGCUGGGGCUCACAUCGGCGUAUUGGUCGAGCUGAGGACGGAUCAAGCCUUGCGGAUAUCACUCGCGUUACCAGGGCCCCUUACAUACGUGAAACAUUGCCGAGAUAUGGCAAGGGGAUGGGCGCGGAGUCGGCAACCCAUAUACUGUACAGCCGUAAGAUACACCUGAUCAUGGAUAGAAGGAAGGCCCGCUGGACGUUGAGAACAGCCAUCGCUAGUACCGGGCUACGAGAUCACGAAGCCUCUCCUUUUCGUGCCAACGUGACCGCAGAG